AUGCCAAAACCAAAAGCUACCAAAGGAAACCCCAUCCAUAAUGCAAUCAGCGAGUGGUUGGAUUCAAUCUCUCUUGAAAACACAGAGUCAAACUUGACAUGGAGAGCCGACCUCUUGGCCAGCGCGCCAAAGCGCUUCACAGUCUAUGAACCCAUGGCUCUUCUGCCGACAGGAAGCUUCACAUCUCAAUCCUGGACAACGCUUUUACAAAAGGUUGGCAAAGAUGCAUGUCAAAAACUUUGGUCCGGAAUUUUGGAGCAAAUUUCAUUGCAGGGAAAAGAUACAUUGACUCAUCUUGCCGUAAAUGAGGGUAUUCCUUUGCACAAAGCAGGAGUGGAGGCUGACGAGAACGUUCGAAGAAGCCCAAGUGGGCUGCGCACUCUCUAUGGAAAUUUCGGCCCUCAAGAUGCCCCAGCCGAGGAGCCCUCUCAAAAUGAUUUCGACAAGACACUGUGGGCUUCGACGAAACAGAAUGGAAUAUUCCAGACCUGGGCGCCAAGGUGGACUAUGUUCAGUCGAGGUAAUGUCAAAGAAAAGGCAAGACUGUUGGAUAUGGGAAACAAGAUACUCAAAGGCACUUGGGCAGUUGAUCUCUAUGCUGGUAUUGGGUAUUUUGUCUUCUCGUAUGCUCGACUUGGGAUGAGGGUUCUAUGCUGGGAGAUUAACCCGUGGAGUGUGGAAGGGCUGAGGCGCGGCGCUGUAGCAAACCGAUGGAGCGUACGAAUCGUUCAAGGGAAUGACCUAGCCUUGCCAACUGAGAAGAUUGUCGACGGAGGGGAGCAAAUCAUUGUGUUUCUCGAAAGCAACGAGAAAGCUCUGGCAAGAAUACAGUCACUACAGAGUAGUAGGAUUGCGCAAGAUGUGCGACAUAUCAACUGCGGCUUUCUUCCCACGAGCGAACCAACUUGGCGAGACACAUGGAAUAUUUCUGCUCCAGCGGGUGAGACAUGGCUUCAUCUCCACGAAAAUGUCGGUGCCAAUGACACGGAAACAAGGCGUGAGGAAAUUCAGCGCAGAUUCGAUGAUUGGCAGCAGGGAACAGACAGGGCGGCCAAGGUCGAACACAUAGAGCAGGUCAAGACAUUUGCGCCAGGCGUAUGGCACUGCGUCUUUGACGUUCAUGUUUACAAAAUCUAG